AUGGCGCAACCAGGCCCUAUGACCGAUGUGACCCAGAGGCUCUUUGUGGAUUUGAAAUCGAAGAAUGAGGAGACCCGGGGUCGAGCUGCCUAUGAGCUCUACGAUAAUGUUCUAUCCGUGUCACGAGACUGGCCGUCCGAAAAGUUCGUGGAAUUCUACAAUGCUGUCAGCCAGCGGAUUGCCCAGCUGGUGGUAACGGGAAGUGAUGCACAUGAGAGAGUCGGAGGACUCCUCGCCCUUGACCGUCUAAUCGAUUUCGACGGCGUCGAUUCGGCCCAAAAAACGACACGAUUCGCUAGCUACCUUCGCAGCGCCCUCCGAAGCAAUGAUAACGUGGUAUUGGUGUAUGCAGCCCGAUCGCUGGGCCGACUGGCUAAACCGGGCGGAGCCCUGACUGCAGAGCUGGUGGAGAGUGAGAUUCAGUCUGCAUUAGAAUGGCUUCAAUCAGAACGCCAGGAAAGUAGGCGAUUUGCUGCAGUACUUGUGAUCCGAGAGCUAGCCAAAGGCUCACCAACCCUCCUGUACGGCUUUGUGCCCCAGAUAUUCGAGCUGGUUUGGGUUGCGCUCCGUGACAUAAAAGUGCUUAUUCGAGAGACUGCAGCUGAGGCAGUAGGAGAGUGCCUUGAAAUCAUUGUGGCCCGAGAUGCACAAGUCCGCCAAUCUUGGUUUGCCCGUAUCUACGAAGAGGCUUUGCUUGGGUUGAAAUCUCAUAAUACGGACUGGAUUCAUGGAUCUCUGUUGAUUCUGAAAGAAUUGAUUUUGAAGGGUACCAUGUUCAUGCAUGACCACUUCAGGAACACCUGUGAGAUUGUGCUUCGCCUCAAGGACCAUCGCGACACCAAAAUCCGCACCCAAGUAGUCCUUACCAUUCCUAUCCUCGCAUCAUACGCCCCGACCGAUUUUAUUGAGAUCUACUUGCAUCGCUUCAUGAUCUAUCUUCAGGCACAGUUGAAGAGAGAUAAGGAGCGAAAUUCUGCUUUCAUUGCUAUUGGAAAGAUUGCCAAUGCAGUCGGACCGGCAAUUGCUCAAUACCUAGACGGCAUUAUCAUUUACAUUCGGGAAGGACUUGCAAUGAAGGCAAGGAACCGCAUGAAUGUUAACGAGGCUCCAAUGUUUGAAUGUAUUAGCAUGCUUUCUUUGGCUGUUGGACAAGCCCUCAGUAAAUACAUGGAGGCUUUGUUGGAUCCAAUCUUUGCCUGUGGCCUGAGCAAAUCAUUAACACAGGCCCUUGUUGACAUGGCCCAUUACAUUCCGCCCAUCAAACCCACAAUUCAAGAGAAACUUCUUGACAUGCUCAGCAUAAUUCUCUGUGGUACACCAUUCAGGCCAUUGGGCUGCCCCGAGAAUCGUCUUCCCCCAAUGCCAUCAUUUGCCAAAGACUUCGUGCCACAUGAUGUCCAUCCCGAUGCAGAGAUUGCACUGGCGCUUCACACUCUUGGAAGCUUCGAUUUCUCCGGGCACAUAUUAAAUGAGUUUGUUCGAGACGUGGCCAUAAACUAUGUGGAGAAUGAUAACCCAGAGAUCCGAAAAGCGUCAGCCCUUACCUGUUGCCAGCUUUUUGUCCAUGAUCCGAUCAUUAAUCAGACGAGUGGUCAUUCCAUUCAAGUGGUCAGUGAAGUGAUUGAUAAGUUGUUGACAGUUGGAAUUGGCGAUGCCGAUCCAGAGAUUCGACGUACAGUUCUGUGGUCAUUGGACGCAAAAUUUGAUCGACACUUGGCACGACCGGAGAACAUUCGAUGCUUGUUCCUUGCUGUUAAUGAUGAGGUCUUUGAAGUCAAAGAAGCGGCUAUCUGUAUCAUCGGGCGCCUUUCAAGCGUGAACCCAGCCUAUGUCUUCCCACCCUUACGAAAGCUGUUAGUCAACCUCCUGACAGGGUUGGGUUUCGCAAGUACAGCUCGCCAAAAGGAAGAAACCGCUCAGCUCAUCAGUCUAUUUGUUUCGAAUGCGACCAAGCUGAUUAGGUCUUACGUCGAUCCCAUGGUGACUGCCUUGUUGCCCAAAGCAACAGAUGGCAACCCUGGUGUCGCUGCUGUCACAUUAAAGGCUGUAGGCGAGCUUGCGGAUGUUGGUGGGAGUGAGAUGAGACGUUAUCUACCACAGAUCAUGCCAAUCAUCUUGGAUUCCCUCCAAGAUUUGUCCUCGCAUACCAAGAGAGAAGCUGCCUUGCGAACCCUAGCACAACUGGCCAGUAAUUCGGGCUAUGUGAUUGAACCAUAUCUCGAGUACCCGCAUCUCCUCGAUGUCCUGAUCAACAUCACCAAGACUGAGCAAACUGGUUCUCUCAGAAAGGAGACCAUCAAGCUCAUCGGUGUUCUCGGUGCAUUGGAUCCAUACAAGUAUCAACAGAUAAGCGACGUGGAACCGGAUGUCCAUCACAUCAACGAGAUUCAGAAUGUUUCGGAUGUCGCGCUGAUCAUGCAGGGGUUGACUCCAUCAAAUGAGGAGUAUUACCCUACUGUAGUCAUCCAUACCCUAUUGCAAAAUAUCUUGAGGGAAAACUCAUUGGUCCAGUACCAUUCUGCUGUGAUUGACGCGAUCGUGACCAUCUUCAAGACCUUGGGCUUGAAGUGUGUGCCAUUCCUUGGUCAGAUCAUCCCAGGAUUCAUUGGGGUUAUUCGAAGCUCUCCUGCCAGUCGUCUCGAGUCUUACUUCAACCAAAUGGCUAUUCUGGUGAACAUCGUCAGACAGCACAUUCGAGCAUAUUUGCCCGAAAUCAUUGAGGUGAUCCGUGAAUUCUGGGAUGCUUCAUACCAAGUCCAAGGCACGAUUUUGUCUCUAAUCGAGGCUAUUGCCAGAUCUCUGGAGGGAGAAUUCCGGAAGUACUUGGCUGGCCUUGUCCCCUUGAUGUUGGAUACUCUUGAGAAGGAUACUACGCCUCGUCGUCAGCCAUCGGAGAAAAUAUUGCAUGCUUUCUUGAUCUUCGGCUCCAGUGGAGAAGAAUACAUGCAUCUCAUCAUUCCUUCCAUUGUCCGCCUCUUCGAUGGGUCGCAACACCCUCAAAGCAUUCGAAAGUCUGCCAUUGACAGCUUGACCAAACUUUCCAGACAAGUCAACGUCUCCGACUUUGCAUCACUCAUGGUUCACUCUCUAUCUCGAGUUGUGGCCGGCAACGAUCGUAUUCUGCGGCAAGCUGCGAUGGAUUGUAUCUGUGCUCUUAUCUUCCAGCUUGGACAAGAUUUCACGCACUACAUCCACUUGCUGAACAAGGUCCUCAAGCAGCAGCAAAUCAGCCAUGUCAACUAUCAGAUUUUGGUGACAAAGCUCCAAAAAGGAGAUCCAUUACCCCAAGACCUGAACCCCGAGGAAAACUAUGCAUUCCCUCUUGAUGACACAAAUUUUGCGGAAAUUGGCCAGAAGAAAAUGGUCGUUAACCAGCAACAUCUCAAGAAUGCAUGGGAUGCUUCUCAAAAGUCUACUCGUGAAGAUUGGCAAGAGUGGAUUCGCAGAUUCAGUGUCGAGCUUCUGAAGGAGUCACCAUCUCCUGCGUUAAGAGCCUGUGCCAGUUUAGCGGGAAUCUAUCAACCGCUGGCCCGAGAUCUCUUCAACGCUGCCUUUGUGUCUUGCUGGACUGAGCUCUAUGACCAAUAUCAAGAAGAGUUGGUUCGUUCUAUCGAAAAGGCACUCACUUCACCCAACAUUUCGCCAGAAAUUUUGCAGAUUCUGCUGAAUCUUGCUGAAUUCAUGGAGCAUGACGAUAAGGCCCUUCCGAUCGAUAUUCGCACUCUUGGCAAAUAUGCAGCCAAAUGUCACGCAUUUGCCAAGGCUCUACAUUACAAAGAACUCGAAUUCGAGCAAGAUCAAAACUCGGGUGCCGUUGAAGCUCUCAUCACCAUUAACAAUCAACUUCAGCAGUCUGAUGCUGCGAUUGGUAUCCUGCGCAAGGCGCAAGCGUACCGUGAUGUGGAGUUGAAGGAGACUUGGUUUGAAAAGCUUCAACGAUGGGACGAGGCUCUUGCUGCCUACAAGAGACGCGAAAAGACGGAUCCUGAUUCCUUUGGUAUCACUGUCGGCAAAAUGCGUUGUCUUCAUGCUCUCGGCGAGUGGAAGGUUCUUUCAGACCUUGCCCAGGAGAAAUGGAACCAAGCUUCAUUAGAACACCGCAGAGCCAUUGCUCCUCUUGCUGCAGCUGCCGCGUGGGGCCGCCGCCAGUGGGAGUUAAUGGACUCGUACCUCGGCGUGAUGAAAGAGCAGUCUCCUGAUCGUUCAUUCUUCGGUGCUAUUCUCGCAAUUCACCGUAACCAGUUUGAAGAAGCCAACAUGUAUAUUGAGAAGGCACGCAAUGGGCUGGAUACUGAACUUUCGGCUCUUCUCGGGGAGUCCUAUAACCGAGCCUACAAUGUUGUCGUCCGCGUCCAAAUGCUUGCCGAACUUGAGGAGAUCAUCAAAUACAAACAGAAUGUUGGUGACCCUGAGAAACAGGAGGCAAUGCGCCAGACAUGGAAUCAGCGACUACUCGGCUGCCAGCAGAAUGUGGAAGUAUGGCAGCGGAUGCUCAAGGUCCGCGCACUCGUCACAGCGCCUCGUGAGAAUCUUGAAAUGUCCAUCAAAUUCGCCAAUCUCUGUCGUAAAUCGAACCGCAUGGGACUUGCUGAGCGAUCACUUGCUGACCUGGAAACUGUCAUCACCGAUGCUUCUGGAACGCGCACAAUUGCACCGCCCGAGGUCACUUACGCUCGACUGAAAUUCAGUUGGGCUAACGGGCAUCAACAAGAAUCCUUGGAGAUGCUCAAGGAAUUCACCUCUGGAUUGAGUGAUGACCUGUCCAAGUACACCACCAUGAUCUCUCAUUCAGAGCAUCACGGAAUGAACGGUGUUAAUGGUAUCAUGGAUCCGAACCACCCUGAUGCAAUCAGCCUACGUGAGCGAGUUGGGGAUGUCGCGAAAUUCCAGAAACUUCUAUCGAAGAGUUAUCUCAGACAGGGCGAAUGGCAAACUGCUCUUCAGAAGGGCGAUUGGCGACCCGAGUAUGUCCGCGAUGUUCUUCUCGCAUACUCAGCGGCCACUCAAUACAACCGUGAUUCCUACAAGGCUUGGCAUGCCUGGGCCCUCGCCAACUUCGAGGUAGUCACCGCGAUUGCCAACCAAGCUAACCGAGAAGGCAAACCAUCACCAAUUCCAGCUCAUAUUGUCACAGAGCAUGUCAUCCCUGCUAUCCGCGGUUUCUUGCGAUCCAUUGCAUUGUCGUCUUCAUCCUCCCUGCAAGAUACCCUAAGAUUGCUUACUCUGUGGUUCGCUCAUGGUGGCGACCAUGAAGUCAACACCGUUGUCACCGAAGGAUUUACUACUGUCAAUAUCGAUACUUGGCUUUCUGUGACACCGCAACUCAUUGCACGCAUUAAUCAACCCAACAUCAGGGUUCGAGGCUCUGUUCACAGAUUGCUUGCUGAGGUUGGCAAGACACACCCUCAAGCACUUGUGUAUCCCUUGACCGUGGCAAUGAAGUCGAACGUAACUCGACGAUCACAGUCUGCUAGCAGCAUCAUGGAAAGCAUGCGACAGCACAGCGCAAAGCUCGUCGAGCAGGCCGAUCUUGUCAGUCACGAACUGAUCCGAGUGGCAGUGCUAUGGCACGAGCUUUGGCAUGAAGGUCUUGAGGAAGCUUCCCGUCUCUACUUUGGUGAUCACAAUGUUGAGGGCAUGUUUGCAACUCUCGCGCCUCUUCACGACAUGUUGGACAAGGGUGCGGAGACUCUCCGUGAGGUUUCUUUCGCUCAAGCCUUUGGGCGUGAUCUAGCUGAAGCCAAGCAUUACUGUGCGCUUUACCGCCAGACCGAUGAGAUUGGAGAUCUGAAUCAAGCAUGGGACCUCUACUACACCGUUUUCCGCAAGAUCAGCAGGCAACUACCCCAGCUGUCUAUUCUGGAUCUCAAAUAUGUCUCUCCUCGUCUCAAGGACUGCUGUGAUCUGGACCUGGCCGUGCCGGGAACAUACCAGAGUGGCCGUCCAAUUAUUCGCAUCAUCAGCUUUGAUCCAAUUCUCCAUGUCCUUCAGACAAAGAAGAGACCUCGACGGAUGACACUCAAGGGUAGCACCGGCCAUUCCUACAUGUACGCUCUCAAGGGUCAUGAAGAUAUUCGUCAGGACGAGCGAGUUAUGCAGCUCUUCGGACUAUGUAAUACACUUCUUGACAACGAUAGUGAGAGCUUCAAGCGUCAUCUUUCGGUUCAACGCUUCCCCGCUAUCCCGCUGUCACAAAGCUCUGGUCUGCUAGGUUGGGUUUGCAACAGUGACACAUUACACGCGCUCAUUAAGGAAUACCGUGAAAGCCGUCGAAUCUUGCUCAACAUCGAACACCGAAUCAUGCUUCAGAUGGCACCUGACUAUGACAGUCUCACUCUCAUGCAAAAGGUCGAAGUGUUCGGCUAUGCCAUGGACAAUACCACCGGCAAAGAUCUCUACAGGGUCCUUUGGCUCAAGAGUAAAAGCUCCGAAGCCUGGCUUGAACGACGUACCAACUACACAAGGUCUCUUGGUGUCAUGUCGAUGGUCGGCUACAUUCUUGGUCUGGGUGAUCGACAUCCUUCGAACUUGUUGUUGGAUCGUGUCACUGGCCGGGUGGUUCACAUCGAUUUCGGUGACUGCUUCGAGGUCGCGAUGCACCGUGAAAAGUACCCCGAAAGGGUUCCAUUCCGACUUACUCGCAUGUUGACGUUUGCUAUGGAAGUAAGCAACAUCGAAGGAAGCUACCGUAUCACUUGCGAGGCUGUUAUGCGUGUCCUCCGAGAGAACAAGGACUCAUUGAUGGCAGUUCUUGAAGCUUUCAUUCACGACCCCUUGAUCAAUUGGCGUCUCGGGACCCAAGAAUCCCCCGACCGUUCAUCUAUUACCGCUGAACGUCGCCAGUCGCUCAUUGAGGGCAUCAACUUCUCUGAUGGUGUGCAACCAAGUAACUUCUCUCGUCACCGCCGACCCUCAAUUCUCGAAGGCGGCAUUCUUGAUACUCAAGAGGGUGUUCCUGCAGAGGCUCGGGAAGCUCAAAAUGCCCGGGCUGUGCAAGUUCUAGCCCGAGUGAGAGAGAAGCUGACUGGCCGCGACUUCAAGCAUUACGAGGAGCUCAACAUCAGUGACCAGGUUGAUAAGCUUCUUGCACAAGCCACUAAUGUGGAGAACAUCUGUCAGCACUGGAUUGGAUGGUGUAGCUUCUGGUGA